CCUCUAUAUCGCCUACUAUACUAUCCUAUACUAUGAGUUACAACUGCAAUACCGACAUGAACGUCUCGCGACCCCGUCAGCUGGGGUACUCUACCGAUCUCGGAGUCAGCUCUUCGGACGUGAUCGCCGAGUCGAUUUUCUCAUCACCGGCACGGCCUGCUCUUACUCGUUCGGCUACUACGAGUCACAAACGCAAUCUAACCCCCCUGAUGUUUGACAUGAUUUAUCAUUCAGACCUCCUUGUUCCUCAGCGUCCGGCUUCAGUCACCCACGCCUCCGUUCUCAGCUUUACCGAGAGAGCUAGGUCGCAGUGUGCUGGCGAAGGAACUAUCUGCUCGGCUGCCUCGUCGAUUGGACGCCGCGGUUACGACAGCAAUCGGGAGUCAACUGUCUCGGAGCCUCGCACUCCGGCUGCUUUCAAGGCUGAAGGAAUCAAGAAGAGGGAAAUCAUCAAGAGAAUCAUCAUGCGUUACGUCAACAUGAUGCGUCGCUCCAGUGCGAAGUCACCGAAGGCUAGUGCCAGUACGCAGACCGAUGCUGAAGGCUACGAGAACUUUGUUCCGGCGCAAUGGAGGUUUGACGCCACUUCUCCGGCCGCCUCGCGGAGCGUUUCAACCCAGUGGGGCAGUCGUCCUCCCUCGGGAAGAGGUCUCGGUAGCCCCACGCAGUGCGCGGAAAGCCUUGCCGUCCCCAGCAUUCGUAUCGUCGAUAACGAUGAAGUCGACCGCGAGGUCGACGAAAUCAAGCACAAGCUGAACGCCGUCACCUCCGAGCGCAACGCUCUUCGCGUCGAAAAUGCCAAUCUGAAGGAACAGCUUUCGGAGCAGCAGGCGAUCUUCUCUGAGGAGCCUCUCAACCUCAGUCGCACCCGCAGCAUCACCAACACCGUCGAUCUCGCCCAGAAUACCGGUGAAGGACUGGCAGAUCACGCCGAGUACGUCAAGAGCAUCUACAACAAGCUGCUCGCCUCCAUGGCCGCCCGUCUUCGCCUCGAACGUGAGAAGAAUCUCAUGCACCGUCGUUUCGCCGCGGAGCGCCAGAUGCACACCGAGAAUCUCGAGAGAGCCAUGGCUGUCAUCGCUGAGCAGGAUGAGGUUCUCAAGCGGACCGAGGAGCAUCUGCUCUACGAGUCAUGUCUCAAGGAUGUUCGUCACGGUGCCAAGUAUACCGAUACUGGUGCUAAGUUCUACAAGAAGAAAAGGGCGGUUUCCAAUUAG